AGGCUCGGAAUGCCUGGAGGACAUACGGGGUCAGCUAUAAGAUCACACGGAGCUCAAGGCAGGAUGGGGCCACCAAAACGCGGGGCGCCCUUGACUAGACAAAGAACUACAUGUACCAACUUCCUCUUCUUCCUUAGCUAUCCGCAUCCUACAGCGAAAUCGACGUAACUUGGACCCGCUAUUUACUCUUUCCUGAGUCGUUACUGCCACUUGAUCUGGAAGACUGCAGCUGAGCAGGACCGAAUCCGCACCUGUCACGCCCUACGACAAGUGUAGUCAAUAGCUAGAUAUAAGACCCUAGCUAUCUUCGCCAAAGGUCAACCUAUUAGAUUAAGACUCGACAUACAUCUGCCCUACAUAAAUUACUACAACAUGGCCAUUGCAUCCAUUCUCGAGAACCUCAAGGACGGUGGCUCGCCUGACCUAGAACUCGUUCACCCUACCGAAGCCGAAAAGCAGAUACAGUUCAACGCCAACGCAAACGAAUGGCGCGGUGCUCUAUCUAAACCUGCUUACUUUCGUCGCGAGGCCACACUUUCGCAAACAACCCUCACACGUGAUGGCGGCAUUUCAUACUGGAUCCUAGCCGACCCUGACAAAACUGUGUCAGAAGACCCUUGGAACCCAGAUUCAGGCACCCAACUACCAAAAGGCACUCGACUACCACUAGCGAGCUGCGAAACAAUCCGGAAGAAGGCGCUCGUGUGGCAGAACAGAGAGCUCAAGGAAGUCAUCUGCCAUGGGGUCGGCAGUGUAUUCUGCGCAAAAUCUCUCCGCGGGAAGAAGAAGACCGAUGGCCCCUCGUAUGCGAGUAGGAUGCUGACAGACCUUGGGGAGAGGCUGAAGACCUACCAAACAGAACAUGGCCAAGAGUGCUUGUUCUCGAUCCUGUACUCUGAUAUCGGACCAGACUACUACGCCAAGUUCGGCUGGGAAAAAUUUACGUCGUCACAUGUCUCUAUCCCCGCGAGCACAUCUCAAGACACGAGCAGCUUACCUACCGCUCAGCCAUUGUACGCGCAGGAUCUGGAGGAAUUAUGCAAGAUCGACGAAGCCCUUCUCCGCCGGAGCCUAGAGUCGCGACCCAAGGAUAGCAACACCGCAGUCGCAAUACUCCCCAACAUCGAGACGAUUCAAUGGCACCACGCGCGUGAAGAAUUCGUAGGCAACGAGCUACAUGGCAAGAAGCCGGAGAUCAAAGGUGCGGUCGUUGGAACGGAGAAGGGCAAGCGCGUCUGGUGUUACUGGACAAGGAUGUGGUACAACGAGAACCCAGCUGAGGCCAAGGGCAACACACUGCACAUCCUACGGCUGGUCAUCGAGGACGAUAGCGGGGAGGGCUCUUCGGGUAGCAUGAACGGAGGAUCGGAGAGCCACAGUCACGAAGCUGCUAUCGCGGCGCUCAUGGCGAUGGCUCAGCAGGAAGCGCAGAAAUGGAAGAUGGAGAACGUAGAGAUGUGGGCGCCUUCGCCGGCGGCGCUGGCAGCUGCAAAGAAGCUGGACCCGACUGCGAAGCUCAUCGUCAGGGAACAAGAGAGCAUCGCGGCCUUGCAGUGGUUUCCAGAACACGACGGACCGGUUGCUAACAAGAUUGACUGGGUCGCGAAUGAGAAGUACGGGUGGUGUUGAGUGCGGAAGGCGCGAUCCGGAUUUGGUAGACUGAUAGAUUUCCAUGCAUUGCUGCUAUCAUCGAGUAGCUUCCAAGGUCGUCGAAGUGAUGGUGAGGCUGCAAUUCGAUCCCAAUAUUGCAAGCUGAAGCGGGAGGUUGUGAGAUAUCUUCCUCGACCUACUGGGCAAGCCAGAAAGGAUCAAUGAAAAUAGAUAAAGCCUGUCAGAUUGCCAUCAACGUCCUGCUUUCCAGUGUGGCCGAAGCACACGACCGGUCAGCUGAGAUCAUCGCCACGACCGCCGAAGCAGUUGUAAAGCCUCACUCUUGGACAUCGAGGCUGAAAGUCAUCAACCAGGUUGGAGAUUCUGUGGCUACUAAGAGUAACUCAGAAGAGGAUGCAUACUAUUAGAAAUGAUUCUAUGAAGUACU